AUGUAUCCAACCUUACGACUGCUCCAAGCAUGUCGCAUCACGCUCUUCACACGAGCUAACUGUUCACUUUGUACCAACGCCAAAGAUACAUUAUUUAAGAUCCAAGAGACAAGACCAUUUAUGUACAAAGAGGUUGCUGUUAUGGAAGAUGGACAAAAACACUGGAAGGAUUUAUAUGAGUUUGAUACACCCGUGAUUCAUGUUAGUGGGAAAGAUGCUGGGGAAGAACAGUCGGAAUUGGCUUCUAAGGCGAGGAAGUUGAUGCAUAGAUUCACCGAGGAGGAAGUCAAGGCAAAGAUGGAUGAAGUGGAAGGGGAGAGCUCUAUUUAA